GCGUCGGGCUGCAGGAGAAGAUGGCGGUCUCCACAGGCGUUAAAGUUCCUCGUAAUUUUCGCUUGUUGGAAGAACUUGAAGAAGGACAAAAAGGAGUAGGCGAUGGUACGGUUAGCUGGGGCCUUGAAGAUGAUGAAGAUAUGACACUUACAAGGUGGACAGGCAUGAUUAUUGGGCCACCAAGGACAAAUUAUGAAAACAGAAUAUAUAGCCUGAAAGUAGAAUGUGGACCUAAAUACCCAGAAGCUCCUCCAUCAGUUAGAUUUGUAACCAAAAUUAAUAUGAAUGGAAUUAAUAAUUCCAGUGGAAUGGUGGAUGCACGGAGCAUACCAGUGUUAGCUAAAUGGCAAAAUUCAUAUAGCAUUAAAGUUGUACUUCAAGAGCUAAGACGUCUAAUGAUGUCCAAAGAAAAUAUGAAGCUUCCACAGCCACCAGAAGGACAAACAUACAACAAUUAAUUUUAGUGGAUCUCAAACUUGUCUUAAAUCAACAACCUUCUACUCAUGUUAAUGUCUUGAUUAAAUAUUACAAUGCAGAAUAUACCCACACAUUAAGUAAAAGAAUUCCAGCUGGUAAACAUGACCUGGACAUUUGUAGAAAUAUAUUUAAUAUAUGUACACCAUUAUGUUUUCAGGUUUCAGGAGGAAAAAUGCAGCACAAUAUUUUUUUCUCUUGUUAAGGCACUGUCAUUUAAGCAUAAACCUGGAGUACUCAAAAUAGAAUUCAGGUUUACAAGAUGAAAGCAUGGAGAGAAGAGUCAGAUGCUGUGGAAGCAUGUGUGUUUCUGAAAAGUUAAAAAAAUCUCAAGAAGGAAAAACAGAAAUGGCAUGCUUUAUCCAUCUUGCUUAGUGAAAGAGCUUCAGUUGAAAUUGUCUAAAGUAGCAGGUACAAUGAAUAUUGUCACAAAUUGUGUUAAUUUUUGAAGCGGUGUGGGUGCUGACUACUAGUAGUAUCAAAAAUAUGUUCAGGAUUGUUUUGAUACCUGUAUUUAUAAUAAAAACAUGUUGUGGGGAGGUCGAUGAAUUUCUGUUAAAAGCCGUUCCUGUGUGUUACAUGUAACAGACAUGGUAAAUAUUUGUUUACAGUCUUUGUUUGACAAACCAUGCAUUUAAGUGAAAUCAACAAAAAGGAAAUAGGUGUAUGGAUAUGUGAUUCUGAGAUUAAAGUUAGUCUUAAAAUGUAAAUAAAAUGUGGAAUGUGUCCUCAGAAACUGUGCCAUUUCUAUUAUAUUGAUGUGGUAUUAUGUACACUACCUUGCUGAGGUAGCAAAAAUUGGAAUUAUUAUAGCUAUUCAUCUGUAAACACCUUUUAUUAUCCUGUUUUGUAUACUUCUUGUGAAUUGGAAUUUGCCGAGUAUUUCAGAGAACAAAUUACUUAAGUAGUUUAAUUUGUUCUUUGGAGAAAGAGGAAUCCCAGGUAUUGUAUUUUGAAUUUGAGUUUACCAGAAAUACUAAAAAAUGUUUGAAUUCUAGCAGAUUUUAUAGAAUUAUAAAUUGCAAAUUAUCCAAAUACACAUUCCAUUUUUU